AUGACGAAGGACGAAAUGGUGAAAAAUUUGGGUACAAUUGCCCAUUCAGGCGCAAAAAUCCCCAUAGGUGCAUCGAAAGAUGAUGCUGGUGUCAAAAUUAUCGGUCACUUUGGUUUGGGACUCUACUCAGCGUACCUUGUUGCCAACAAGGUGCAAGUUAUCUCCAAGAGUAACGAUGAUGAGCAAUAUAUGUGGGAGUCCUCAGGUGGUGGCUCUUUCACCAUUUGUCCAUGCAGUGAGGAGCCUUUGAGUCGUGGCACCAAGGUGAUUCUCUACAUGAAGGAGGAUCAGUCUGAUUACCUGAAACCGUACAUAAUUAAGGAGAUCGUCUGUAAGUACUCGGGAUUCACCACCUACCCGAUAAGGUUAACUCCUGGCAGAAAAUUUAUUUGGUCCGUUAUCGACUUCAAGGAGUGGAAUGAAGAUAAUGAAAUUCCCACUGAAGUUGUACUAAAUAAGACCGAACCACUGUGGAUGCGUAGUCCAGGAGACAUAACUCCUGAGGAGUAUAGCAAGUUUUAUUUGCAGCUGAGCCUGGAUUUUGAAGAUCAUUUGGCUGUCACACACUUCUCAGCUGAAAAUGAAGUGGUGUUUCGUGCAUUGUUGUUUGUACCAAAACACACCCCUAUCGAUUACUUUGCUAAAAAUGGAAGACUUCACAAUGUCAAGCUCUAUGCUAAAAGAGUAUUGGUCACAGAUAGAUGUAAAAACCUCAUUCCCGAGUACUUAAACUUCAUUUUCGGCGUUGUGGAUGCAGAAAACUUACCCCUUAAUAUCGGUCGCGAAUCAAUACAACAAGACAAUAUUUUGCAGAGGAUUCGGAAAAUCUUGGUAGAAAAAAGCAUCGAGUUAGUGGAGGAGAUGUCGAAGGAUCCGGUGAAUUACAUGACGUUCCAUGAGCAGUUCUCAAAGAGCAUCAAACUCGGUGUUUACGAGGACAAUGAAAAUCGCUACAAACUUGCCAAUUUGUUGCGUUACUACUCUUCAAAGAGCCAUGAUCAGAUGACUGACCUAAAAGGCUACGUGUCCCGAAUGAAGGAGGGUCAAAAUGACAUUUACUACAUGAUUGGUGAAAGUUUGGAGAGUAUUACUGACUCAGCAUUCAUCGAGGAACUUAAGAAACGUGAUCUUGAGGUACUUUUUAUGACAGAUCCAAUGGAUGAGUUUGUGAUGAAUGGAAUGACGGAGUAUUUGGGCAAGAGGUUGGUGUGUACGUCUAGUUUGGAUCUUGAGUUGUUAGAAGAUAAGAAGAAGGAGCGCUUUGCACAGGUAAUGGCUGAAUUUGAACCAACUUGCGCAGUGAUGAAGGAGAUUUUGGGCGAUAAGGUUGAGAGCGUAAUAGUCUCAAACAGGCUUGUCGCGUCUCCCUCUUGUAUCGUCACAUCCACCUCAGGGUGGUCUGCCAACAUGCAUCGUAUCCAGCGUGCACAGACUCUAGAAAAUCCAAAUGUAGUUCUGAACAAUUGUGUGAAGAAGCACUUGGAGAUCAAUCCCAACGAUCCUAUAAUACUACGUCUCAAGGAAAUGAUUUCAUCUGGGAGUAAGCCGAUCAAGGUCUGUGGAGACGUCUUGAACAUGCUCUAUAACACAGCUCUGCUCAAUUCUGGUUUUUCUUUGGAAAAACCCAGGUCGCAUACCAAAACGAUUUACAGAUUGAUUCGGAAGUGUGUGCAGAUUGCGGCGAGCGAGACUACGAUGGACGAGGGCAAGGUGACAGCGAGCUCUGCUAAUGCUGUACUGACACUGGGUGGAGAUGACUGCGGUGCUAUGGAUACAAUCAGCUGA